AUGGAUCAAGGAGAUCAAGGCGGAGGCCAUGAUGGCUUCAUCAAAAGAACCCGAUUGUCUCGACGCCCUGCUACUGACUACAGCGCGAACAUGGCACAGUACGUGCACAAUCGCCGACCACAGUACAAAGGAACCAUGGGAUUUGAGAUGGAGAGACCCAGUGCUAGUUACGUGAUAGACAUGCUCCUGCCGCCUGCCCGCAGAGGGAAUGCAGUAGAUUCAGUACCAGCUAGACAUUUACAUUCGUCUCUCAACAAGAUGCGCCAUCCUGUCAAUGUAGUCAAAUGGACACCAGAAGGCAGGCGUCUUCUCACCGGUUCGACAAGUGGUGAAUUUACGCUUUGGAACGGAACGGCAUUCAACUUCGAGACGAUUAUGCAGGCUCAUGACAGUGCUGUACGAGCCGUGGCCUACUCACACAGCAACGACUGGCUCAUUUCAGCCGAACAAGCUGGUAUUGUCAAAUACUGGCAGCCCAACUUCAACAACGUCAAGUCAAUACAGGCGCACAACGACCCCGUCCGAGAUUUGGCCUUUGCGCCUACCGAUACCAAGUUCGUGACAGCAGCGGAUGACGCUCACCUCAAAAUCUUCGACUUCGCCGGUGGUGUAGAGGAACUCGUGCUGGAAGGUCACCAGUGGGACGCUAAAUGCGUAGACUGGCAUCCGACCAAAGGAUUGUUGGUGUCUGGUUCGAAAGACCAUCAAAUCAAGCUCUGGGACCCUCGAAACGGACGAUGCCUUACCACUCUCCAUGGGCACAAAAACACAGUGAGUAAGACGCUCUUCGAGCCGACAAACGGCGUUCUGCUGGCAUCUUGUGCUCGCGAUUCUACCGCAAGAGUUUUCGACAUACGUAUGAUGCGAGACGUCUUCCUACUGCGUGGCCACGAAAAGGACAUCAGCACGCUUGCGUGGCACCCUAUCCAUUCGAACUUUUUAACUACUGGAGGCGCUGACGGUGCCAUGCAUCACUACCUGCUGGACGAGCAGAAUCUCCCCGCUGGAUCAGCACCUACACUAUCUCCAUACGACGCGCCUGAAAACUCGGAUGCGCCUGCCCAAACCAUCAAUCCCGCACAUCGGGUGACAUACGCCCACGAUUUUGCCAUCUGGAGUCUGGACUGGCAUCCUCUCGGACAUAUACUGGCGUCCGGAUCAAACGACCGAGCAACCAGAUUCUGGUCAAGACCAAGGCCUGGAGACAAUACAUACAAAGAUGAUCGAUGGCAUAUUGGUCAAACAGCAGCAGAAGCUCAAGGGACAUGGAAGCGCACAACAGAUCGCACAGCUAGAGAUGAAGAGGAGGAACUUGAGGACGAGGCAGAUGGCCUUGUCGAUCAACAGAUGCCUACUCGACAGAACAUGCUGCCAGGUCUCGCUGGUCUCCCAGGCAUCUCAGCGCCGAGGGCUGCAUUCCCAGACGGAACCAGUACUGGCGGAGCUCAACCACUGCCCAUGCCAGGUAUGGGCGGAAACGGCCUGCCAUUCCCAGCCGGCCCCUCAAUGCUUGGUGGUCAGAGCCUUCCAUUUGCCCUGCCUCAGGGAGGUGUACCACCCCUACCCGCCAACAUGGAUAUGGAGAAACUAAAACAGAUGUUCGGUGGGCAACUUCCGCCUAUGCCUCCUCCAGGUGGGCAGCAAGGGUUCCCACCUCCACCACCGCUUGGUUUCCCAGGUGGCCCGCCGCCCCCGAUGCCUUUCCCGGGUUUUGCCGGUGCGCCUCCAAUGCCUCCUCCUGGCUUUCCAGGAUUUCCAGGCAAUGCACCUCUAGAUUUACAAGGGCAAAACAGAAGGAGAGCGCCGUUACCUAGUCAGAGCGAGAGCUUGCAAGAGGAAAUCAGAAGAGGGAAAUAUUCACGAACAAGGUAA